AUGGUCCCAUCCAUUGAUGAACCUCGAGAACCGUACUCAUCACGGCCUGGUGUCGAAAACUUGCAACCGCUCCCCAACAUCUCUACAGUCGCACCUUCUUCCGGCGAUGAAGAAGGCGGUUCCUCCGUACCGAAGUUCGACGCAAUGAAGAUAUGGAAGCCAGCUUCGGUUGUGCCUCUUAGUCGCAGCCUUGACGCUGUUUUCCCUCCCAUGAGCGAAGAAUUUUUCGACACAACCUCGCAUCCCUCUUCAAAGAGUGUGCAGCAAGUAGAUGGAGAUCUUGUUCGUCUAGAACUUAACUCAUUGACUGCCCGUACCAAAGAUGUGAAUCUAAAUACCCUCGAAUCCGAGGUGGCCUCACAUAUCCUGGACAUUGCCCCGAAGAGCACUGCAAGUGAAUACCGGCGAAAUGAGCGAAACGAGAUGAAAGACCACUGUUCUGACUUUCCUGCUUUGCAACUAGAAACAAAACAAGACCUUUCAACAAUCGCGAAUAUGACCGGGAACGGAGUUUUCCCUGGGAACAUCAAGACAGGAACCCCUCAAAAUGGAAGGCACACUUCGGCGUUUUAUAUGCCAACAGCAGUCUCAACCAAUCAAGGUGGCUGCUUCGGCGAGACAACAAGCCAGAAAUGGUCUGAGGCUGCGGAUGUCGCUUGCGGAGACCUAAAUCUAGCUUUACCCUCUCCAAAGCCAAUGCGCGAACUACCAGAACCACUGGGCAUUGCGGGUUGUGCGCGAGAACAUUCCGGCGAGACACCGUCAAACCGGCAAAGUCGUGUGACUCUGCAUCCUGACACAAAGCAAUUCCCAAACGCCACGAAAACCGACUUAUAUUACGCAGGACAUGGACCGAGCAUUACGAGAGCGCAGCAGUUCUCCGGGCUGAAUGAUUCAGAGUUCAAGACCUUUCAGCCCGUGAAGUAUGAGGACAACGCUGCUUUGAGGGCGCACAGUGCUUCUCAGCAGAACACGUCUCUCUCCCGAACUGAGAAAGGUUUUGCUUCUAUCCCCUGUCCAUCUGGUACAGCGACAGCAAGUAAGGAACCUUCUUCCAGUAAUACUCUACGAGAAGCUAGAAGGACAACGCCAUGUAGCGCAUUGCCUAGCGAUAGCGGUAAUGAGGUAGGGGUCUCUGUUAUAGAUGGCAGCUACCACGAAGAUGCAAGGCCAGAGACGGCAGUCGAUCUAAAUCCGAAUUGCGCAAAACGACCGCGAUCACCUAUGGUGAUUGAUCUUGACGACGAAGUGCAAAUGCGUUCUCUGUCGGCCCUUCCACCGCUUACUCGCCAGUCGCGACAAGUCCGUCCACGCUUCAUAGCACCUGUCGUGCUCUCAGGGAUUACUGAAGGUAUUCAUACGACGAAUAGAAUUCACGUAUCUCGAGGCGGAGGCCUCUUUUCGGUUGAUGCGCACGGGACUGUGAACAUUGUCGAUUCCGACGACGAAAGUGAGCUACAGAAGAAUCAACUCUUAAUCAGCACAGAAGAAGGCAUUGGGGCGCUUCCAAGUCAGGGUGCACAUGUGAACGAAGGCAAGUACUCUGCACCAUUUUUGCACGGUUUGCCCGCCGAGAAAUAUCAGCAGGGCGAGGAUCGAAGUUUUGCCGGCACGCCCUCGUGGCAAAUGCGAAAUGAAGCUGCGCAGGAGCUAGGAAAGGAUGACCCAAAGAGCAUCCAAAGAAAGCAAGAAAAUGAAAACACUGCGAUGGCGUUAGGGUUUCACGGCACGAGAAAGAUACACUUCACAUCCUCGCAUGUAUCAGGUCAGGAAGGGCAUGGUGGCUUGAGCAGUAAUCCAGUUGGUCCUUCGCACCAAAACUCUCCGUUCGAGUUGACAAGUACAGAAUUCGGACGGCAAACCACAAACUUGGACGUAGUCCAUCCUCGUAGAGAUGACCCCGAGCGUGACGGCCUGUCAGAACGGCGGCUGCAAACGCUUAUGAAACAAAAUGAGAUCACCGCUGAUGCGACAGCCGAGGCAGAAACUCCUGAGGGAUUGAAGGUUUCACUCAUGCCGCAUCAAAAAAGAGCUCUCGCGUGGAUGAUCAAACGGGAAAGGCCAAUGCACGCAGAUGAAGAUAUUGUUGCCGUUGACGAAGAGUGCUUGGGUGGCAUCCUAGCCGAUGAUCAGGGUCUUGGUAAGACUCUCACCAUGAUCGCCCUCCUGCUUCACUCUGCUGCCACCACCUCACAAGUUUCGAACGAUAACGAAAGCGAUUCUGUCAGUACUGGAAGCAGCAGCGUGUCGGAGGUUGAUUUCAUCGAUGACUCUGUGUUAUGUGAACGUUCUUCGUUGCCGUGGCGAACGCUAGUGGUAUGUCCGCCGUCCCUAAUCAAUCAGUGGAAAGAAGAGCUGAUCACUCGCACCGAGGAAUCACAUAGGCCUCGAAUAUGCAUUUACCAUGGUGCUAAACGAGAGAGAAGCAUAUCUAGGUUGAAAAAGUAUGAUGUUGUCUUGACAACAUACGCGACGCUCGUGAAGGAGUACCCCAAAGUGUUGAAGAACCACCCUGAAUGGGAGAUGCGGAAAGCCGCAAAAUUGAAACCCCCAUGCCGAGCCCGUGGCCCUCUUUGUCAAGUGUCAUGGACACGAAUUGUCUUGGAUGAAUCUCAGUACAUCAAGAACAGAAGCACAGAGAGCUGGAAUGCUGUUAUGUCGUUGGAUGCAGAGAGGCGUUGGUGUCUCAGUGGCACUCCUAUUCAGAACUGUGUGGAUGACCUUUACGCCUUGUUCUGCUUCAUUCGUUACCAUUUUGUACGUAACUACGAAAUGUGGAACACCCUCUGGAAGAAGAAACUAGAGUCCCCAUUUGAACAUGUGAGGAAAAGGACUUUCAAGCAGUUUCAGGCUAUCACGGGGGUGGUCUUGUUGCGGCGGACGAAGCUAGACGAGUUCAACGGGAAACCGCUCAUUACUCUUCCACCGCGCACCACGGAGGUCAAACAGCUUGAGUUUGAUGGAGCGGAUGAAUCUUCUUUCUAUCACGCAUUAGCGAAGAAGACUGUCAUAAGAUUCAACAAGUUCCUAGCAGAAGGCAGUAUUUCUGCUAACUACAGUAAUAUUCUGCUUCUUCUCCUAAGGCUGCGACAAGCCUCAAGCCAUCCGUUUUUGAUUCACUACGCUCAGAUGCAGACUCGUGGCCACAUUGGUGAGACCAAUGACACCAUGUACGCUACAACAUAUACUCAAGAAGAUCUUGAAGAAGCCCUGGAGUUGACGUCCUCUGGUCAUUCCUUGUUGGAGUUUUUAGACGAAAAGUAUCGGGAGUUGAUCUUUGACUUCCUAAAACCUCCCCCUAGAGGACAAGCAGCAGCACUGGCAUUCCUAUGCGCUUUUUGUGCAAAGGCAUGCGUGUGGAAGGAUGGAACUGCCUUGCCUUGCGGAGAAAUCAUAUGCCCUGGUUGUUGCACAGCGGUCCAGCACCAAGGUCACUGCCCCAAAUGCAACAAAAGUACCGCCGACCGUGAUAGCACGGAGACGUUUCUCAAUGUCGACCACUUGCGGAGAGAAAUUCAUGCACAAACCAUCCUGGGGGCUUCUGGUGGCACGAAUGUAACUGUAGCUGAAUUUAAAGCGUUGUUGAAAGAAGAGCUUAGAAGGAAACAGCGCGAUAACGGUCGCAGGGGCAUUGCCGAAGUCUCGACCAGCAACGAUGACGAAGAUGAAUCUGGAACACAAGAAUCCGGAGAAGAAAUUGUGCGGGGCAUUGACACAGAUCAACACGCAAUGUCUUCAUCAAAGCAAGAGAAUGCCUUACGAAAGAAGCGAAGGUUCGUGCGGAGCAAGAAAAAGCUUCUGAACGCCUUGGCUCAGCACUCAACGAAGGUUAGGGUGAUUAUCGAGGAAUUGGACAAGGUGCGAGAGAGCGGAAAUGGCGAGAAAACCCUCAUAUUUUCUCAGUGGACAUCAAUGUUAGAUAUUGUAGAGUUCCAUGCACGGGUGAGUGGACACGAUACUUGCCGGCUUGACGGUUCAAUGACUGUUUCAGCUCGGCAAAAGCAGAUUGAGGAGUUUCGAAGGAGCACCAAGAAAAAUGUCUUUUUGAUUUCAUUGCAUGCUGGCGGGACUGGCCUUAACCUAACGGCGAGCAACCGAGUGAUUUUGUGUGAUGUAUGGUGGAAUCCAGCAGUAGAGGAGCAAGCGAUAGAUAGGGUCCACAGGAUUGGGCAGACCAGGCCGGUUCACGUGAUACGUUUUCGUAUGAAGGGCACGGUUGAGGAUUCAAUAUACAAGAUCUGCGAGAAGAAGAGAAGCAUGGCAAAUGGCACACUCGGUGAGAAGGGACAGCAGAAUCUUGGCAGAACAAAGCUGGCUCGGCAUGAGCUCUUGUCUCUUUUCAGUGGUGCAGCGGCAGAUGUGGCACGCAACGCUGGGGACGAUUCCGCAGCUGUACAAGCAGCCCAGAACAUCCUCAGUAUGUCGAAUUAGAUGGUAUACACCAUGUUCGGGAUGAGAAUGCAGCGGAGCUAGCACCAAGAGCUCAAGGCAUGCCACGGGCGAUCAUUGCAGCAGGCCUGGAACUAGCUUGUAAAGUGUUUGCACAUAUUUAGAAUUCAUUGUCUUUCUAGGUCGAAAAUUUUAAUUCCACACUAAACCAACCUCGCAGAGUCUGUAUACAACUAAACGAAGAGUUCAGACGA